AUGUCCUUGAAUCUGCCGGGGCAGCCUGACCCGCGGGGCUCACGGCAAGCGACCGCGGCGAGGAUCCCGAGGAGGAGCCGGGAGGAGGAACCAGGGGAGGAUCCCGAGGAGGAACCAGGGGAGGAGGAACCAGGGGAGGAUCCCGAGGAGGAACCAGGGGAGGAGGAACCAGGGGAGGAGGAACCAGGGGAGGAGGAACCAGGGGAGGAGGAACCAGGGGAGGAGGAACCAGGGGAGGAGGAACCAGGGGAGGAGGAACCAGGGGAGGAGGAACCAGGGGAGGAGGAACCAGGGGAGGAGGAACCAGGGGAGGAGGAACCAGGGGAGGAGGAACCAGGGGAGGAGGAACCAGGGGAGGAGGAACCAGGGGAGGAGGAACCAGGGGAGGAGGAACCAGGGGAGGAGGAACCAGGGGAGGAGGAACCAGGGGAGGAGGAACCAGGGGAGGAGGAACCAGGGGAGGAGGAACCAGGGGAGGAGGAACCAGGGGAGGAGGAACCAGGGGAGGAGGAACCAGGGGAGGAGGAACCAGGGGAGGAGGAACCAGGGGAGGAGGAACCAGGGGAGGAGGAACCAGGGGAGGAGGAACCAGGGGAGGAGGAACCAGGGGAGGAGGAACCAGGGGAGGAGGAACCAGGGGAGGAGGAACCAGGGGAGGAGGGAGGCGCUUGCGCAUUUGGCUUGCAUGCUAACAAAAAGCAGGAAAUCAGUCAUGAUACUAAGAAAUUCAGAUUCGGGCUACCCUCAACGAAUCAUGUAUUAGGAUUACCUGUAGGCCAACAUGUUUACCUUUCUGCAAAAAUUGAUGGGAGUCUGGUGAUUCGAGCCUAUACCCCCGUUUCCAGUGAUGAGACAAAAGGUUAUGUUGAUUUAAUUAUAAAGGUCUACCACAAAAAUGUGAACCCCAAGUUUCCAGAAGGUGGGAAGAUGUCCCAGUAUCUAGAUAACAUGAAGAUUGGAGACACCAUUGAUUUCAGAGGGCCAAAUGGACUGCUGGUCUACAAGGGGACAGGUACCUUUCUUAUCAAGCCUAAUAAGAAGUCUGAAGCAGAGAAGAAGUUUGCAAAGCACCUUGGGAUGAUAGCUGGAGGAACAGGAAUAACUCCUAUGUUGCAGCUGAUCCGUCAGAUCACUAACGAUCCUAAGGACUCCACAAAAUGUUACCUCCUUUUUGCUAAUCAGACAGAAAAUGACAUAUUGCUGAGAGCUGAGCUAGAAGACAUUGCCAAGAGGCAUCCUGAGCAGUUUGUGCUGUGGUACACACUGGACAGACCUCCAAAAGACUGGAAGUACAGCUCUGGCUUUGUCACUGCAGACAUGCUGAAAGCCCACCUGCCUCCCCCUGACAGUGAGACCCUCAUUCUCAUGUGUGGGCCACCACCAAUGAUUCAGUUUGCCUGUCAGCCCAACCUGGACAAGCUUGGCUAUCCCAAGAGCUGUACAUUUGCUUAUUAACACUGCUGUCACCUGAUACCUUUUCUGGAAGUACUGCAUUUUUUUACAGGAGCAGUUGAUGUGCAACUGUGCAGCAUUUGUGUGAGUGUGUGUGUUUUUUAACCCCUUUCUGUGGUCCAUAACUUCAUAAUUUCUGUGGUCCAUAACUUCAUAAUCACCUUGUGUGUUUUAACACUAAGAAGUUGAGAAAUCACCUUGAAUUGUGUGUUACUUAAUCUGAUCUCUGAAAUUAGUAUAAAACAUUAAUUCUGAGGGGAGAAAAAUGAAGGUGAGAGGUCAUCCACAUGAAUUUGUGUUAAAUCAUUCCAUGGUCAGCAAAAGAGAGGGAAACAUUCAGAAUUUAUUCAUAACAGUCAAAAAGUAUGCAUUUAUACAAGUGUUGUGCUAAUUAAUGUUUUUUACUACUAUAUUUAAAAGAAGAACCAAUUGUUUUGGGGAUUGACUAUUCACAGCCAGAUUAGUGACACACUGAGUUGUAAAUACAGCAUUGAAGGAAAUAGGAAAUAGUGUGUUUGGAAUAUCGCAGGGCUGCUGGAGCAGCCAGUCCCAUUUGCAGUGCUGUAAUGAGUCUGAUGGCUAAUUGACCUGACAGAGGAUUUCAAAUGCCUGUGGUACUGACUGCAUUGCCAGACUGGUACAUUUAAUACCUUUUAUUAAACAUUAAACAGCAGUAGUUUACUGAUGCCUAGACUUAUUUCUCAUUCUUCUGAAUUCCCCUUUUUUGCAGUUUGCAGUGAUUGAGAAGAAUU